AUGAAGUUCGGUCGCAAUCUUCCCCGAAACGUUGUCCCGGAGUGGAGCUCCAACUAUAUCAACUACAAAGCUUUGAAAAAGCUCAUCAAAUCUGCUUCUGUUAGCCAAGAAGCAAAGGAUGAUGUUGACCUCGUUGGCUUUUUCUACUCGCUCGAUCGAAAUCUCGAGGAUGUAGAUUACUUUUACAACAAGAAGCUGGGCGACUUCACACGACGUCUUAAAAUAUUGGAGGAUCGUUAUGGAAAUUCCGUGGCUGCCGGACAAGCUCUUGGUGCAGAAGACAUUGGAGACCUUGUCACUGCUCUUUUGGAGCUUCGAGGACAGCUUCGCAAGCUGCAAUGGUACGGUGAGGUUAAUCGCCGUGGCUUUAUCAAAAUCACCAAGAAGCUGGACAAGAAGAUCCCUGGGGCCGAAGCACAGAAGCGAUAUCUCGCGGCGAAGGUCGAUCCUGCGCCCUUCGCAACCAAUGCACAACUCACUCAAGCAACCUCCAAAAUCAAUGAAUGGCUGUCCGUGUUUGGAGACCGAAAGGUUCUUUCGGAUGAUUCCGACUCCGUCAAGUCUUUGACUUUAUCCAAAGUUCCCUCCCGACCAAAUCUGAAUUUACCCGCUAGUCUACUCUCAGCCGUUGACGCGGCGCUUCGAGAGGACGACACUACGGCUUUGCUAGAGCAACUCCAAAGCUUGAAAGUCUCUGCUACCGAGCAAGGGGAGCUUGUAUACCCUAUGGUUAAGAAGAAUCUCUUGCAACGCGCAAUAACUUGUCGGGCGAGGUCUUCCAUUGACGUCUUGCUAGGCGAAGUAGAUUCUUUAGAAGAAGAGGAUGACAUCAACAAGCGGAAUUGCAUUCAUCGACUUGUGAUUUCUAUCGGCAGGGCUCAGACUACCUCGGAUGCUGAUCCUUCUGCAGCCGUCUCGUUGGAAUAUCCAGAGGAAACCACCUAUAUUACGCCUGCGACUCCACCGAGCUUACAGCCUCCGCGAAACGUUGUGAAAGAAGCUCAUCAAAAGCAGCUUUUGACUAGAGAUGACGAGGCAGUCUCACUAUUGCAAUAUCUGUUGGAUCAUCUACGUCCUCAUCAACGGUCUGCCCUUCUGGCCCAAGAUCUCUCCGGCAGAACUCCACUUCACUAUGGUGCUCAGUACGGGUUCAGAGUUGUGUGCGAAAUUAUCAUUGAACACCUUAAAAAAUGGGAUUUGUUCGAUGUGUCCGAAGGAAUAGACGGUCCCAACUGGCAGGACUCGGAAGGCUGGGCUCCUCUACAUCUCAGUGUUGUCGGUGGACAUCCAUUGACAACCAAGGCUCUCCUAGAAGCCGAGGAGAAAUCUCUGACAGCACCUCAUGGUGGAGUAAGAAACUCUAUCAGAAAGAAUAUUUCGAAAUCCAGUGCCGUAUUAGCAAUGGCGGUCAAGGCAAACUUUGUUGAUAUUGUUCAAUUGCUCGUGGAAGCAGGCGUUGACAUCAAUUAUCAAGACGAACAAGGUGAAACAGCUCUACAUGUUGCUGCUCGGUUCAAUCAUAGUCAAUGUGCAAGGCUGCUUCUAGAGGGAACAGCAGACCAAAAAGCAAAUACGGAACUACCAGAAUCUACUUAUUCGUGGACACCCCUGUUCAUUGCAUGCGUGGAUGGCUCGUUGGCUGUCGUGGAACUUCUCAUCAAGGCAGGGGCCGAUUUGGAAAGGCCCGACUCGUCAGGAUGGACUGCAAAGGAACAUGCAGCGCUUCGAGGUCACCUUGAAAUUGCUAAGCGAUUAGCUGAAGUCACCAAGCCUCCUACUCUUGAGGAGGCCGAUGUUUCCAUAACUGUUCCGGCACCCACGUCAUCGCCUCCUUUGGGAUCAUUGACCGAUCGCAAAUCUAAUAUCAAUAGUCCUUCUCCAAAUUAUAGCUCCCGCGCAGCUGAGUCCCUCAAAACGUUCGGACACAGGUAUCUCACAGAUGAAAGCAUGAUUCUAGUCAGUCUAGGAACCAUGGAUAUGCGGAAAACUUCUCCCCCUGUGAGUCUCGAUCGCAUACCUAUUACCAGCGCUCAUUCCACGCAACUCGACACUGCGCUUUCUGUCGUCAUAUCUGCAAGCGGUGCCCACGGGGAACCAGAGAUCAUCGAUCUCCCAGUUCAGGACAGCAUCGUCACCGAGCCGAUCACUUUCUAUUCAAAGGAUUUCACUAGCGUGAGGCUCCUGUUCGACCUGGUCCCUACUUAUGCAGGCUCCACGAAUCAGAUCGUGGGACGAGGUGUAGCAUUGCUUUCCAGCAUCCGACCAUCUGUUGGCUCCAACCGCAUUAGUCUGCAAGGUGAUAUAACGGUGCCCAUAAUAGCUGCCAAUACUCUUGAAGUAAUUGGGACUUUGACUUUCAAUUUCCUUGUCAUCACUCCUUUCAAGCAUCCGAAGAUGUCUCUCAAUCAUGAUCAAACGUACUGGAAGACAGUUACUGCGCCUAUGGUUAUUGGUCACCGAGGUCUCGGUAAGAACUUUGCGAGCCGGAGAUCACUUCAAUUGGGUGAGAAUACUGUUCAGUCAUUUAUCGCUGCUGCGAACUUGGGUGCUUCAUAUGUCGAGUUCGACGUACAACUCACCAAAGAUCACGUCCCCGUCAUUUAUCAUGACUUCCUUGUCAGCGAGACAGGAAUUGAUGCUCCCGUCCACACUCUUACCUUGGAACAAUUCCUUCAUCUCAACGAUGCACGAUCACCACGAGUAGAAGCCGUGAGUGCAGACGCAUCGCAACGUCCACGUGCGAUGUCCGUUGGUGAAGCACUUAUUGAUCCAUCAGCCCUGAGUGAAAAGAUGAAACACACUCGUGAUUUCAAAGCCAAGGGUUUCAAGGGUAAUACUCGCGGUAACCACAUCCAAGCGCCGUUUGCUACUUUGGAGGAGCUAUUCAAAAAGCUUCCUAAGUCUGUUGGGUUCAACAUCGAGAUGAAGUAUCCUUCACUCUACGAAAGUGAAGCAGAAGAAAUGGACACCUACGCAGUGGAGGUCAACUCCUUUGUGGACACUGUCCUCGAGAAAGUCUACGACUUGGGCGAAGGCCGCAAUAUGAUUUUCUCCAGCUUCAAUCCCGACAUCUGUCUGCUCCUGGCCUUCAAGCAGCCUUCUAUUCCAGUUCUCUUCUUGACCGAUGCCGGUAGCAGUGAAGUUGCAGAUAUUCGUUGCAGCAGCCUUCAAGAGGCCAUUCGCUUCGCAUCCCGCUGGAAUCUAUUGGGUAUUGUCUCUACCGCAGAACCAUUCGUACUUUGCCCACGACUUGUACGCGUCGUCAAGGAAUCAGGACUUGUCUGUGUUUCGUACGGAAUACAGAACAAUGACCCUGCAAAUGCCAAGCUCCAAGUUACACAUGGCAUCGAUGCUGUAAUCGUCGAUUCCGUCCUCGCCAUUCGGAAAGGGUUGACAACAGCUCCGCCAUCAAACUCUGUCUCUCCCCUGUCGAUGGCGCAGGCAUCAUCCAGCCAGACACUGCAACCACCCGCUGAUAUCAGCACGCUUGAUAAACCGAGCUCAUAGACUGUUAUUGCUUGACACCCGUAUCACGUGGAUUCAUAUAUGAUGCUUAGAAGAGUAUUCAUACGAGUAAAUAGGUGGAUAGAUAGUUGCUUAUCAUUACUUUGGGAUUGCUCAAUGAUAUCAUUCCACAUGCUGAUGAU